CGCUGGGUAUACCCGCCGGAGAGUCUGCUGUCUCCGCCCCGGGCCUGCCAGCGCGGUGCGCGCCCCCGUGUCCCCGGCGCAGGCUCGCUGCCCAGCAGACGGCUGUAUCGAGCGGCUCCCUGGCUGAGGUGGCGGCCUUAUCCCUGCUAGUUUGGUCAGACCCGGGGAAAGUUUGUGGCGGCUGCGGCUUUGCGGCCUGGUUUCCGGGUACCUGCGCCUGUGCUAGCGGCAGCGGCCCUCCCCAAAGGCCCGAGCGCUUGUCUGCUGCACGGAAAGGCUCGGAAAGUGAGGCAGCCGGGCCCUCGGUCUCUAAAUCCCUCCCGGGGGAUGAGCGGUUCCCGCAACAACCGGGUCAUGGUGGAAGGGGUAGGGGCCCGGGUGUCCAGGGGCCCUGACUGGAAAUGGGGGAAGCAGGACGGCGGAGAAGGACAUGUGGGCACCGUGCGCAGUUUCGAGAGCCCCGAGGAGGUUGUGGUGGUCUGGGACAACGGUACGGCCGCCAACUACCGAUGCUCCGGGGCCUACGACCUCCGAGUGCUGGACAGCGCGCCAACCGGUGUGAAACACGACGGGACGAUGUGCGACACCUGCCGCCAGCAACCGAUUAUUGGAAUCCGUUGGAAAUGCGCAGAAUGCACCAAUUAUGACCUGUGCACCGUGUGUUACCAUGGCGAUAAACAUCACCUAAGACAUCGCUUUUACAGAAUCACGACUCCCGGAAGUGAACGUGUACUCUUAGAGUCUCGUCGCAAGUCCAAGAAAAUCACCGCGCGGGGGAUCUUUGCGGGGGCCAGAGUGGUGCGCGGAGUGGAUUGGCAGUGGGAAGACCAAGAUGGCGGUAAUGGAAGAAGAGGAAAGGUAACAGAGAUACAAGACUGGAGCGCGUCGAGUCCACACAGCGCAGCAUAUGUCCUGUGGGACAAUGGAGCCAAAAACCUCUACAGAGUGGGAUUUGAAGGCAUGUCUGAUCUGAAAUGUGUGCAAGACGCUAAAGGAGGGUCGUUUUACCGGGAUCAUUGUCCUGUGCUGGGUGAACAAAACGGUAAUCGGAAUCCCGGGGGUCUGCUAAUUGGGGAUCUCGUUAAUAUUGAUCUGGAGCUGGAAAUUGUCCAGUCGCUGCAGCACGGCCACGGAGGAUGGACCGAUGGCAUGUUUGAGACUCUGACCACUACCGGCACGGUCUGCGGCAUUGAUGAAGAUCAUGAUAUCGUGGUGCAGUACCCCAGUGGAAAUAGGUGGACGUUUAACCCAGCGGUUCUGACCAAGGCAAAUGUUGUUCGAAGUGGGGAUGCCGUUCAAGGUGCAGAAGGUGGAACAUCUCAAUUCCAAGUGGGAGACCUCGUGCAAAUUUGUUAUGACUUGGAGAGAAUAAAACUGCUUCAGAGAGGUCAUGGCGAGUGGGCUGAAGCGAUGCUUCCAACCCUCGGUAAAGUCGGUCGAGUACAACAGAUAUAUUCUGACAGCGAUCUGAAGGUUGAAGUGUGUGGGACAUCUUGGACAUAUAACCCAGCUGCUGUUACCAAAGUGGCCUCUGUAGGAUCCGCUAUAAGCAAUGCGACUGGCGAGCGACUGUCGCAGCUUUUAAAGAAACUGUUUGAGACUCAGGAAUCUGGGGAUCUUAAUGAAGAGCUGGUGAAAGCAGCUGCUAACGGGGAUGUGGCUAAGGUGGAGGACUUGCUCAAAAGACCAGAUGUGGAUGUUAACGGGCAAUGUGCUGGGCAUACAGCGAUGCAGGCGGCGAGCCAGAAUGGACACGUGGACAUUUUAAAACUUCUUCUGAAGCAUAAUGUUGAUGUAGAAGCCGAGGAUAAAGAUGGAGAUCGGGCCGUGCACCACGCGUCCUUUGGGGAUGAAGGAGCUGUUAUUGAAGUUUUACACAGGGGAGGAGCGGACUUAAAUGCCCGCAACAAGCGCAAGCAGACUCCCCUCCACAUCGCUGUCAACAAAGGCCACUUGCAAGUUGUUAAAACCUUACUAGACUUCGGCUGCCAUCCCAGUCUGCAGGAUUCGGAAGGUGACACUCCUCUCCACGAUGCAAUAAGCAAGAAACGGGACGAUAUUCUCGCUGUGCUGCUGGAAGCUGGAGCAGAUGUUACGUUCACAAACAACAAUGGCUUUAAUGCUCUCCAUCACGCCGCGCUGCGAGGAAAUCCCAGUGCUAUGCGUGUCUUGCUUUCCAAAUUGCCCCGGCCUUGGAUUGUUGAUGAGAAGAAAGAUGAUGGAUAUACUGCGUUGCACUUGGCUGCACUGAAUAAUCACGUGGAAGUCGCAGAACUGCUGGUCCAUCAGGGUAACGCAAACUUAGACAUCCAGAACGUAAACCAGCAGACGGCUCUUCACCUGGCUGUGGAACGCCAACACACUCAAAUCGUUAGGCUGUUAGCUCGUGCAGAGGCCAAACUGGAUAUUCAAGAUAAGGAUGGCGAUACCCCUCUCCACGAAGCGCUCCGACACCAUACGCUGUCUCAGCUGCGCCAGCUCCAAGACAUGCAAGAUGUCAGCAAGGUAGACACAAACUGGGAGCCAUCAAAGAACACGCUAAUUAUGGGUCUGGGAACUCAGGGAGCUGAGAAGAAGAGUGCAGCCUCCAUCGCCUGUUUCCUUGCAGCAAACGGAGCAGACCUUACUAUUCGCAACAAAAAAGGGCAGUCUCCGCUUGACCUGUGUCCUGACCCCAGCCUUUGCAAAGCCUUGGCUAAGUGUCACAAGGAAAAAUCCAGUGGUCAAGUAGGGUCUCACAGCCCAUCGCUUAACAACGACUCGGAGACGUUGGAGGAGUGCAUGGUGUGUUCGGAUUUGAAACGAGAUACUCUUUUUGGUCCAUGCGGUCACGUCGCCACCUGUUCUUUAUGUUCUCCACGUGUGAAAAAAUGCCUCAUAUGCAAAGAGCAAGUGCAGUCGAGGACUAAGAUUGAAGAAUGCGUUGUGUGCUCGGAUAAGAAAGCAGCAGUGCUCUUUCAGCCAUGCGGACACAUGUGUGCCUGUGAAAAUUGUGCGAGUCUUAUGAAGAAGUGCGUUCAGUGCCGUGCCGUCGUCGAGCGCAGAGUGCCUUUCGUUAUGUGCUGUACUGGAAAGGGUACAGAAGAAGUCACAGAUGAUAUAGCAGGGGGGGCCAUUCCGGCCCUACAGAAGGAUAAGGACAAUACGAACGUCAAUGCAGAUGUGCAGAAGCUGCAGCAGCAGCUGCAGGACAUAAAAGAACAGACUAUGUGUCCUGUUUGUUUGGAUCGACUGAAGAACAUGAUCUUCAUGUGUGGACACGGAACCUGCCAGCUGUGCGGCGAUCGAAUGAGCGAAUGUCCCAUAUGUCGGAAGGCCAUAGAACGAAGAAUCUUAUUAUACAGUAUGUCUUGUUAGGAGUGCGAAAAUCUCCAUGUAAAAGAAACAGAUGUUGAGCUCCCAAAGAGUGAAAAAAAGAAGCUAACUUGAUAUCUUUUUGAGAUAACUCCAUUGUGUACUAUAAAUAAUGAAUGUAACCAUGUCAGAUCCGGGGUGUUUGAGGACAUACAUGCAAGGUUUAAGAGCCAUGUAAGAAACCCAUCAUUUGGUUGGUAUUUGUUAUGUAGAAUAUAGCUGUUUCCAUGCUAUCCGGCCGUGACGUGCAUUUCUUCUGUUUUCCGACAUACACACCUUUUCUAUAACGAACCAAACUUUUUAAGUUUCACAACACUAGAUAUAUAUAUAUUUUCUUUUAGUUCCGUGCUGCACCGUUGUUUUUAAUUGCUUUGAGCAGGUGUUUUAUCGUUUAGGCUCGUGUGCUAGUAGAUUCUGUCUUGAAAAUGCAAAUAAAUACAAAUGAUCUAAUAAAGUAACUGUUUUUUGAGGUCUUCGGCAGGCUGGGGACCACAGAACAUUAGCCACACGCUUAACAUUAGUAUGCAGAAUUGCGCUUGACUGUUAAAGGUGCUGUUCUACCUACGUGGCUGAAAUCAAUACUUUUAUAACCAGCAUUAGAACCAAGAUUCCUAGUACUGUUGAAUGAAUAAAACCUUCCUGGAAAUAA